CAAAUCGAAACUCUGCACAGUGAGCUGAAACGAAAGAGGAAGUGCAUGUGUACACAGAGCAGUGAGAGUUGAACACCGGUGAGAAGAAGACCGAGAGAAACACGUUCACCUUCGUGCUUUGUUUGCUAUGUUUUUUUAACGGAAUUUAAGAUUGAAUUUCGACCGCUGCGUCGAUAAUGGCAACUGUAAACUACGUAGCUGAGCUAUUGGAGUACGCACAGAGAACAGGCUCAAAGGUGAUUUUUGAAGAGGUGAGCUCCGAGGGACCCGACCAUGAGAAGACAUUCACCCAGAGGGUAAUCUGCAACGGUGAGGUGUAUCCCGAAGGUGUGGGGAGGAGCAAGAGGCAAGCCAAGCGUAAUGCUGCUGAACAUGCCCUUAGAGGCUUGUUGGAGAAGCAACCUGCCAGCAAUGUGGAAAAUAGCCAGAGUGUGAAUGACAACAGCUUUGAAGAGACAAAUUUCAAAGGAAUUCUCAACCACCACUGUCAGAAAAAAAGCCUCGCCCAUAAUUACAUCCAAGUGAAUAGAAGCGGUCUACCACAGAGUCUCCAAUUCACCUACAAAGUAGUAAUCGAAGACAAGGAGUACCCUGUGGGGGAGGGUAAGACUAUCAAGCAAGCCCAACAAAAUGCUGCUCAGCAUGCCUGGUCUGCUCUUCAAGAGCAGUCCGACUGGGACAGCAAGGUUUCCUUGAGGUCCACUGUGUCCGAAGAUGAUGAUCCCCCUAUGAUGCCAUCAACUUCAACCUCGACUUCGACAUCGACAUCGACCUCGACAUCAACUUCACUGGAACCCAUGAUGUUGUCAUCACAAAGCGAACCAAUAAGUUCUCCAAGUGACUCCAUAGUAUUCAUGGACUCAUCAAACCCUCUCAAGGAUCAGGUUUUUGAAAAUGAGGAAGCCAAACAAGAUGUGUCAGAAAUCUGUGAUAAGACCAACAGCCUCAGUGUAAAGGCAGAAGGUGGAAACUUCAUUGGCAUGGUCAACCAGUACUGUCAGAAAACACAGUGCUCCCACACUUUCGUCUUAGAGAAAAGAUGCGGAGAAGCACACAGCCCCCAAUUCUUCUACAAGUUAGUGAUCGACAACAAGGAGUACCCUGUGGGUAAGGGGAAGAAUGGGAAAGAAGCCAGACAAAAUGCAGCUCAGCUGGCCUGGGCUGCUCUUCAAGAGCAGACCGACUACGACAGCAAGGUUGCUGUGGAAAACGAGGGCAUGGCCGAUAGUGUGAGUAACACACCAACCAAGUCCAGAUUUACAUCACAGUUUGAUUCCAUAAAGUCUCUUGGAAAAGGAAGCUAUGGUCAUGUAUAAUGGCGCAGC